GCAGGCAGGACCGGUCCCGGCGUUGAGAUGGAAGCAGCAGGUGAAGAAGAUUCGGCAGCCUUCCCCUUCCCCCUUGGACCAUUUCAGACCUAAGAGCUGUUGGAGAUUUGCAGCAAUCAGCUUGGUAAGGAGUUUUGAGAAUGGCUGUUUUUUAAGCCAACUGUCUUGUGAGUACCUGUUUGGGCAUGGAAUCAGAGCCCUGCACCCAAGCAUUCUCCCAGGCCCGAGUAUAUCUUGAGCAUAUUCGGACCCGAGUAGGGAGUGCAGAUGUACAUGGAACUGUGAAGCAUGACUACCUGGUGGAUGCAGCGAAGCAGAUCCGUUUGGCUUUGGAGCGGGAUGUGAGCGAGAACUAUGAAGAGGCAUUCAAUCACUACAAGAAUGGCGUGGAUGUGCUGCUCCAUGGGGUUCAGGUGGAUCCUAACAAGGAGCGCCGUGAAGCUGUAAAGCGCAAGAUCACCCAGUAUUUGAAACGUGCUGAGGAGAUAUUCAACUGCCAUCUACAACGGACUUUGGGGAAUGGAAGUUCUACUAAUACGGGUUACAGCAGCCUUCGCUUUCGCCCAAUUAGGACACUCAGUGCACCAGUGGAGAACCUGAGGCAUUGCAAAGUUGUCGGAGUAAUUGACAAGGUGCAGAUAGUGCAGGACCCAGCAACUGGAGGGACCUUUAUACUGAAGGUAUACAGAGGGUAUCCCUCAAUCAUCAGAGCUCCUCAGAGCCUCCCCAAAUCCCAUGUAGAGACCCGUGGAAGACAGACAAUCAUCCCUCAUGGAAUUCCAUUCAUGGCUGAAUUGUUGCACUACUAUGUGAGUGAAGACUCCAUCUUCCUUCACUUGGAACAUGUGAAAGGGGGCACUCUCUGGUCGCAUCUUCACUCACAGCAUGGUUUCUCCAGUUGUUCCAGUACAUUAAAUCCAAAGUCCAGCUUGGCUUUGGAGCAUGCCAAUGAAGAAGGGUUCAUCAGAAGCCCCCAAGGAGUUGAUUCUAGGUCAAGGCAGAGUUGCAAAAGCAUGGGCCAGAUAGUAACUAGUGUAAAUCAUCACACAUCCAGAUACACUGAACAGUUGCCACCUCAAGAACAGUCACAUGACCACACACAUGCCCGAUCCAGUAAUGAUUAUAGGUGGCAUAUGAGACCUGCCAUUGGAGGAAAUAUUGUUGGAGGGAAGACUUUAAGUGUGACACACAGUUUAGCUGGUGCUGCAGAAUCUACUAUCAAGCCAGUGGACCAGGGACAUAGACUUUUGCUCAACAAGGGGCUGGCUUUGCUAUCACAUGAUUCAUUUUGCAGCUCUGUACCUGAGAGAGAUACUCUUCAGCAAGACCCAAAACAGCCAGCAUGUGAGAGAGCUGUUCCUGCCCAAAAGGCAGCAAAAGGAAACAACUUGCCAAAGACAGAAACUCCUUUCUGCCAUAUGCCUCGGCUUAUAUAUUCCCCAGCAACUCUCCCGAGGCAAAAACAGGCAUACUCCAGAAUUCUCUCACAGAAUUACUGCAGUCUGGACAACCAAUGGAGUGAAGUAGAAGUGAAAGAAAGGGGAAGCCUUGCCCAGGAAGUAUUGGUUUCUGACAAUAAACAGCACAAACAGCCAUCACCAUCAGCACAUGGAGCUUCCACAAAGAAUGGCCCUGGAGUCUGGGGCAUAAAUGAAGAUCAGAUUCAGCUCUGGGCAGCAGAACUGCUUUUGGCCCUGGAGGGUCUCCACCAACAAGGGGUGUUUUGCCAGGAUCUUAACCCCCGGAACCUGCUUCUGGAUGCCUCUGGCCAUAUCCGUCUCACAUACUUUGGCCACUGGAUUGAAGUAGAGCCACAGUGUUGCAGCCAAGCACUAGAAGAAUUGUACUGUGCUCCAGAGGUGGGUGGAAUUUCUGAGCUCACAGAAGCCUGUGACUGGUGGAGUUUUGGGGCACUUCUCUAUGAGUUACUAAGUGGAAUGUCAUUGUCCCAGAAUCAUCCCUCAGGGAUUUAUCCUCAUACCCAGCUGUACCUUCCAGAAAGACUGAGCCAUUCUGCGUCAUCUCUACUAUCAGAGCUGCUGAAGUAUGAUCCCAAGCAACGUUUGGGCUCUGGAAAAGAUGGAGUGAAAAAGAUCAAGGCACACCCUUUUUUCAGCAGCAUCCAAUGGAACAAGCUGGUUGUGUCCUAAAAGUUGAACAAGGCCAGCCAUGUGUGCAUGUUAUCGUCAGAGUGUGGCACAUGGCACAUUUGUGGCGUGGGAUGAUCCAAGCCUUUCCAGGAGCUGUUUGUGCAUCAAUAAAAGUUCCCCAGGCUUUAAGGCUUGGGUGGUGCUAGCAGUGCUGCUGCUCAGCAGGAAACCUUACACAGCUGGACUGGGGCCUGUGUUUCCAGGCUUGAGUUGCUGCAUUCUGCUUCCUAACUAUAUUGCAAUAGCUGCUUGCAGGAAGAACUUGAAGCUUUUGAAGGGUAUUUCUCUCCCUCUAGUUUUAUUUUUUAAGAAUCCUGGUCUUAAUAAAGGUCCCAAGAAUUCAAAAAGGCACAGGCCGUGCAAGACUAAUGUCUGAGGAUUUUGUUUGCUGCUCCCUGAAAGAUGCAAGCAAAGUCUCAAAUUUCUUCUUCUAAAUGUUGUCGUCACAAAUGAGCCCAAUGGGAGAGGGUUCCCCCCCCCCCACCUCAAGCUUCUCCUUGCUUCCCUUCUGCCUUGGUUCAGGGUCACCUACCCAGCAUUUCUUUACCUCUCACUCAGCAGCACCUGCCUAAUCACCUCUUCCCCCUUGUCUGUUCUGAUUUCACCUUGACUCAACUAGCUGCAGUACAAGCUUGAUCCUUGCUAGCUUUCUGGCACAUUUUGGCCAAGUACCACUAGAUGGAAGCCUUGUGUCAUACUCUUACCAAAUCCACUGCUGGUUGCUUGCAUGUGUACUUUCUGCACCCGGCUUUCUCCUCUGCAGAAUGUCUACUACUUGAAGAGGGAAGAUGAGCAAAAAGCUCUCCCUGUCUGUUUGUGAACAUUCUCAGACCAAUAAAAUAUUCACAGCCC